CGUUCUAGAUGUCUAUAAUAAAGCCGAAAACCAGUAUAUUGGACAGAAACUUGAGUAAGGGGAAGGGAGAAGUCCACGUGAGCAGUUUCGCUCUCCUCUUCUCUGAGAUCGUCCAAUAUUGCCAGAAUAGAUCCUAUACAGUGCCUGAGCUGCAAAAUAAAUUGUCAGAUUUGGGGCAGCAAGUUGGACUUCGUAUGCUGGACCUUCUUUUUGUGAGAGAGCAGAGCAGCAAGCGAGAGAUCAAGAUAAUCAAGAUCCUAUUGUUUGUUAAGCAGACUGUGUGGAAGACACUCUUUGGGAAAGAGGCUGACAAGCUGGAGCAUUCCAAUGAUGAUGAGCGAACUUAUUAUUUAAUAGAGAAAGAUCCCUUUGUUAAUCGAUUCAUCUCAGUCUCCAUGCCCAAAGAUAAGGGGACACUGAACUGUGCUGCUUUCAUGGCUGGUAUUGUGGAGGCCACUCUUACUGGAUCUGGAUUUCCCUGCAAGGUGACAACACAUUGGCAUAAAGGUACAACAUUCAUGAUCAAGUUUGAAGACUCUGUCAUCAUUCGAGACAAGAGAAUUGACUCCAAGCUUGUUCCUAGUUCAUCACAAAGCAUUAUGUCUGCUGGAGACUGGGAAGAAGUGAAACGACUUGCUGCUGACUUCCAGCGAGCUCAACUAACAUCUGCUUCUCAGAAGCUUUCAGAGCGCAACUGCAUUGAGAUAGUGAGCAAGCUGUUGCAGUUGAAAUUACUUGAUGUGUUCCAUACAUCAGAUGGGAAGGAAUACAUCACUCCAGCUCAACUUGGAAGGGAGAUUCGGGAUGAAUUGUUUGUGCAUGGAGGGCGGAUGAACUUGGCAGAUCUAUCCCAGAUACUUCGUGUGGAUUACCCAGUGGUUGAGAGCAAGGUUCAAGACCUAGUUUCUCAUGAUAAUUCUUUGUAUCUUGUCCUGGGUCAGCUGCUCAAUUCUGAUUAUUUGGAUCGACUGACUGAAGAGAUCAAUGACAAGCUCCAGCAAGAUGGUCGUAUCUCAGUGUCUGAACUCACAAAGAUCCGAGGGCUCUUGUCAGCUGUCACACGUCCUGUGCCAUGUUCUAAUCUCAUCUCAUAUGGUGGCUUCCCUGAACACCUCUUUUAUUCAAUUGCAGAGGAACUGAUUCACACCAAGCGCAUUGCUGGUAGCAUUUCAGGAGGCAGACAGUCAGCCAAAUCUGUGUUCAUACCAGAGCUUCAUGCACGUUCUCAGAAUCAAUGGGUGACAGACUUUUUUCGCCAGAAUGGAUAUCUUGAAUAUGAUGCUUUGAGGAGGCUUGGGAUCACUGAUGCAGAGAGUUAUGUGAAGAAGACAUUUGGUUCUACGAAAGAGGACAUGGUAUUCCUGCCUACAGUCUGCUGUGGACCUGCUCUCCUUGACCAGAUUGAGGGGAUGGUUGAGGAAGCCCUCAACACUGGCUCAUGGAUUGAUGUCCAGGUAAAUUAACUUCUAAUU